AUGGACAGCUCGACAGUCAAGCUCGCCGAGCUGCUCCGGCAUCCGGACGACCUCGAUAAAAUCCCCGCCAUGAAGUUAGAAUACACGCGGAAGAAGGCCGCGGUCGACUCGCAGCUGCGCAGCGGUUUAAAAGAGCAAUUGGAAAUCACUCAAUCUGGCAUGAACGGCAUCACAGACGGGCAGAGAACAGUCCAGCUCAUCAAAGAGGAAAUGAUGAAGAUCGACAAGCUAUGUGCUGAGUCGCAGAACAUGAUCCGUGAUUUUCCUAACAUCAAUCUGGUCUCGGAGACGCAUAGGAAUUUCAGCGCGGUGGAAACAAUGAGGAAGAAUUUGGAUAGUUUUAAUGAUCGCCUAGGCCAGGUCGAGAUGAUGCUGCAGGAGGAUGAUAGGGAUAAGGAGAACAUGCCGAAUUUGCUGGCGGUGCACUAUGAACUGACGCAGCUGAGGAACAUCAGGGAUGAUGCUAUGGAGCAGAUUUUGCGGGCGGACGAUUCGAGUUUACAAAGUACGCUGGUGGACUACUUUGCGAGGUUGGACGAGACGGUGGAUUGGUUUGAUGAGCAUAUUGGGGAUAUUGCGUUGAAUCUUAUCAAUGUGGUUAUAAGUGGAAAUAAUGGGCUGGUGGUACGGUUUGCAGUCAUCAUUGAGGCGGAGGAGAAGAGUGAUAAGAGGGUGAAGGCGCUGCAAGAAGCGUUGAAGGAUCACAAGGAGAUGGCGGCAAGGUUUCAGAGCAUUACGGAUGGAGCGAAGAAGACCAGAGGGUAUAAGGAGAAGUUCUUGGAGGCUAUAGAGAUACAUGCCGAUGAGCAAGCUAUGGAGACUAAGCAGGCAUUCUUGGAGGAUUCCUCGAGGUUAGAGAAACAACUGAAGUGGUUUUUCAACGACCUCAAUGCUGUCAAGCAAGGAGCGGCUCCACUCAUGCCGAAGAGGUGGAAGAUAUUCCAGAUUUAUGGGAAGAUAUACCAUAAGCUCAUGCACGACUUUCUUGUUGGCAUGAUCGAUGAUCCGGAUACUGAUUCUAGCCACAUGCUGGCUAUUCUCAACUGGCCAGAAAAGUACUACAUGAAGAUGGGAAAGCUCGGGUUCAACCAAGAUGAUUUAUUACCGCAUGUGAUAGAUUCAAGGGAAUCUGAAAUGGUUAGGGAUUUCCGGAACAAGAUUAUCAAGUUCCUUGAUCAGUGGCUUGAGAGAAUCUUUGCAACUGAAAAGAAGGAUUUCGCUGAGAGGAAUGUCGACGGCUCGAAUCUGGACACGGAUGAAAACGGUUAUUUCCGAACCAAGAACCUGAUCGAUAUGUGGCGUAUGCUGAGAGAGCAACUUGAUGGCGCUGCUGGCUCAGGAAGGCAGGACGUUGCUGAAGGUGUUGUGGAUGCCAUGAUUCUACGGCUGAAGAGCCGGCAACAGGCUUGGCAGAGAAUGCUCAACGAUGAAGCCGCUCGGUAUUACAGCACUACUUCAGAGCUAGAAGGCUUUCAAGCUCUGCAAGAUUGGCUUGUUGCUACGGCAAACGAUCAGAUUGCCUGCAUUGACGACAAUGAAGAAGCAGGGCAGUUUGCAUACCUUAGCAGUUUCCGACAGAAGUUCGAACCCUUGGUAUCACCUCAGUACCUAGAACGCGCAGAUGAGGAGAUUUCUAACCUCCGGGACGGUUACGUGGAUCUCAGUACGCACUGCAUUGCCAAGUUCGCACAGCUUAUUUUCGCUGUGGAUUUCCGGUCUGUGAUACCUGAUUUUUUCACUAUAAAAUGGUAUUCGGCUACUGCUAUGAAGCAAAUGGUCGUCACUUUCGAAGAGUAUGUCGGUGACUACAAGAGUGUCCUACAUCAUUCUCUCCUCGAUAUCUUUAUCGAGGAAUUAGCCGACGAGCUGCUUAUCCGCUACCUCUCAAGCGUCAGGAACAAAGGCGCCAAAUUCAAGCGCCAAGAUCCGUUCAAAGAGAAGCUAUUCAACGAUGUCUCUACAGCUUUCGAAUUCUUCAACAACAGCAGCUAUCUUAGUCCUGAUGUCUCUGAUACAAUCAAGCAGAAGUGGCGGGUCACUGAACCCUUUUUACAGCUCAUUGAAGCUGAUAAGUCUGUGGUUCCGGAAGUCUUUGCUAAUUUCAAGAGUGAUUACUGGGAUUUGCAGCUUAGCUGGGUGGAGGCUGUGUUAAGGACGAGAGAUGACUUUGAUAGGAGUUUGCUGAAUGCUGUCAAGGCGAGAGCGGCACAGAUCGACGUGGUGAGAGGCUUGGAGACAAUUAUGAGCAAGGUUAAAUGA